AAGGUUAGGGAAAGGUUCUGCACCAGAGUGCGGUGGGCAUGGAACAGGCUGCCGGAGUUCAAGGAGUGUUUGCGCAGCGCUCUCAGAUCCGGAGUUUGAAUUUUGCAUGGUCCUGUGUGGCGCAGAGAGCUGGAUUCAAUGAUCUUUGUGGAUCCUUCCUAACUCAGGAUGUUCUGUGACUCUGUUCUACGAUAGUGAAGGUCUCCGCUCUAGAAAACAUGGGGUGAAACUGAUGUGGACAUAUUCUGUAGUUGUGGUGCACUGCAAGUUGGUGGUUGAAGGAAGCUGAUAAGGGAUAUUUUUCCUUUAUGUUGGCUCAAGGGUAGAUCUUUUAUACGUGACUUAAUUUAUUUAUUGGUAUGGAAAUUUAUUUACCAUUUGAAUUUGAGCCUAUUUCUAGUUUUUCUGUAUGUCUGGAGGGAUUUUACAGCUUUCACUUGUCUAUCUUCCUGGCCAAUUUCUUGUUCCGUUUCCCAGUGAUCCGUCCACAGCAUUUCUGUAAACUGAAAAGACCCUUCCUGGUCAGAAGGUUUUGUGUAUUGGAACUGUGUUGUGCACCCCACUGCAGGGAGCAGCCUUUUGUCUUUGCUGGUAUCCUCCUCAUACUAUGCAUUCCAGAUGGUGUUUUGCAUUGGGGCAGGAACACCACCUGAGUACAUGAAUCUACGUUGUCUGCCUUUCUUAAAGCAGCAGAGUGCACUUCCCUAGCAGACCUAAGUAAUGCGUCUUAGCCAUGUGCAUUAGUAAUUUGACCUAGUAUGUAUUUUGCUGCUUGCUAGGUAGGCUAGUUAAAAGUAGGGAGAAAAGUGAACUGCAAGAGUUUGUCAAAAUGUAAGUUUGAGGUGAAACCUACAUAAUUGACUUUCAGACUCAAAGCACUUACAGGCGUGCUGAUGCUUUCAGCUUGGCCACAACUCUCUGAACAUGUUUGUGGAUAAAAAACAUGCCAAGUCUGUGAAUGAAGAGUUCAAGUUAAAUGUAAUAGUGUGUGAACUGUGAAUUUGUUUCCCUUUUUCUAGCUGUAGGCUAAAUCUUUUGAUGAGCUUAAAUUAAAUUCUUUCAGAAUGCCCAGUCAGUCAGUCUGUCUGUUGGCAAGAUAUUCUGUGGGCAAAUUCUAAUUGUUGGCAGCUGUCUGAAGUUCUUCUUUCUCAUUAAUUUUAAUGGCAGAUCUUCUGUGUGUUAAGACAGCUUUGAAGAAUUAGUCAGUGUUUCUGGAGGCAAGAGUAGCAGUUGUUUUAAAACUAGAUGCGUAAAUGGCAUGUAUUCACUACUGUACUCAGAUCAUGAAACGUUUUCAUUUCUUUCUUACCGUCUUCUAGGCUUAAUGCUUCUUUACAUUCUUUUGGUUUAUUUUCUUUUGUGAUGCUUUUAAACUGUAUGUAAUGUAGUUCAUAGAGAAGGACAGUAUUCUCACUACCAGAUUAUUGUAGUUAAAUUACAAGAGCGUUUUUGGAGAUAGGAGGCUAAUCACAGAAACGUAUUUAUACACAGCGGACAAAUGUUGGCCUUUGGGGUCUCUGAAACACAGCUGCAAUUCUUUUGCGUUUUUUCUGCUCUCAGUCCUUCCAGAAGGUGCCAUAAGGACAGUGUGGAGGCCAGGAGAGCAGGAGGCUCAAUACCCAGUCACACAUCUGUCUUCAUAACUUGAAUUGUGCGCUUAAGUACCUCUUAUAGCUUAGGAGUGAAGGUGGAGUAUAUGUUAGUAAAAUUUGACCAUGAGAAUAAGAAAGUGCGCUUAGUGCUGUGUGGCGAAGAAGUUCUUCAAACGCUGCAAGACAAGGGGGAGAAGAUAAACCCCAACCACCCAACACUCUGGCGACCAGAAUAUGGAAGCUAUAUGAUUGAAGGCACACCUGGGCAGCCGUAUGGGGGAACCAUGUCAGAAUUCAACACUGUACAAGACAACAUGAGGAAAAGGAGGCAAGAGGCCGCUUCAGUGCUGAAAGAAAAUGAGGCUGUUUGCACCGUGACAUCUUUUCCAAGGUUAGGGUGUCCUGGAUUUACGCUGCCGGAGUAUAAGCCAACGCCAGUAGAAGGAGGCGCUUCAAAAUCCCUCUUCUUUCCAGAUGAAGCUAUCAAUAAACAUCCUAGAUUUAGUACCCUGACCAGAAACAUUCGGCACCGAAGAGGAGAGAAGGUUGUCAUAAAUGUGCCAAUAUUUAAAGAUAAGAAUACACCAUCACCAUUUAUAGAAACGUUUCCUAAUGAUGAUGGAGAAGCAGCAAAAGCAUCGAAGCCAGACUUUAUAUAUAUGGACGCUAUGGGGUUUGGAAUGGGCAACUGCUGUCUUCAGGUAACGUUCCAGGCUUGCAGCAUUUCUGAAGCAAGAUAUCUCUAUGAUCAGCUAGCCACAAUCUGUCCCAUUGUGAUGGCAUUGAGUGCUGCAUCUCCAUUCUACAGAGGCUAUGUGUCCGAUAUUGAUUGUCGCUGGGGAGUAAUCUCUGCAUCGGUAGAUGAUCGAACGCGGGAAGAGAGGGGGCUAGAGCCACUGAAGAACAACCAUUAUAGAAUCAGUAAAUCCAGAUAUGAUUCCAUAGACAGUUAUCUAUCUGAAUGUGGUGAGAAAUACAAUGACAUUGAUUUGACAAUAGACAAAGAUAUCUACGAGCACCUAAUAAAGGAAGGUAUUGACCACCUUUUGGCACAGCAUAUUGCACACUUGUUUAUUCGAGACCCAUUGACUUUGUUUGAGGAGAAAAUACAUCUAGAUGAUGCAAAUGAAUCCGACCAUUUUGAGAACAUUCAGUCGACAAACUGGCAGACAAUGAGAUUUAAACCACCUCCUCCAAAUUCAGAUAUAGGAUGGAGAGUAGAAUUCAGGCCAAUGGAGGUCCAGUUAACAGACUUUGAAAACUCUGCGUAUGUUGUGUUUGUGGUACUGCUAACUAGAGUGAUUCUCUCAUACAAACUGGAUUUUCUCAUUCCUUUGUCCAAGGUGGAUGAAAAUAUGAAGAUGGCCCAGAAAAGAGAUGCUGUCCGGCAGGGAAUGUUUUACUUCAGAAAGGAUAUUUGCAAAGGUGGAAAUGUCGUUGUGGAUGGAUGUGGCUCAGCACAAAAUGGAACGGGCACGGACACAGAAGUGUACACCUUAAUGAGCAUCGAUACAAUUAUAAACGGGAAGGAAGGAGUCUUCCCUGGUUUGAUCCCGAUUUUGAAUUCUUACCUUGAAAACAUGGAGGUGGAUGUGGACACAAGAUGCACCAUCCUAAACUACCUGAAGUUAAUAAAAAAGAGAGCAUCUGGAGAAUUAAUGACGGUCGCCCGAUGGAUGAGGGAAUUCAUUGCACAGCACCCAGACUACAAGCAGGAUAGCGUGAUAACAGAUGAAAUGAAUUACAGCCUUAUUUGGAAAUGCAACCAAAUCGCACAAGGCCAGGCAGAAUGUCCUGAACUACUGGGGGUAGGAUUUAACAAGAAGCCAAGCGGAAACAAAACUGACUCUUUGUAAUGAAUGUUUGUUAAAUAAUAGAAAGUUUAAGUCUUUUAGCAAAGCACUAGCAAAGAUACUGUGAAUCUGGUACAGUUUCAUGGUGUGAAGACCAAAACAGGGAUACUGCACUAUAAAAUGGGCCAAUGCCUCAAUAUUCAUUUAAGGCAUCCUAAAAUGGGCAUAUUCUUAUUGUUAAGGUUUAUACAAUGUACAUGUAAAUAGUAAAAUAUUUUUAUGAUUAACAUCAAUGUAUUUUAAUAAGCAUUGUAUCUAAAGUUAUUGUGAAUUAGCUUGUUAACUUUUUUAUGCUUAGAAAAGGAAAAUUGUCCUUAACAGCUUUGUAAAUGUAAUGGUACUUGUAUAUUAUAUGCAUUCCAGUUACUGAAUGUUUACUGUAAUUUUUUAACCUGGAAUGUGCUGAGUAAUCUAUCUUAUUGUGUAAGAAAGGAAGAAAAUUCUUCUUGACCUACCUGACUCCCAGACUUCUUCCUUCCACUUGGGUUUUGAAAGUACUUCAGAAAAAUGCACGUGCAUCCGAUUUGUUAAUCUCUGCGGCAGUUUCUCAGUUGCCGCAAGACCUAUAUGUAGGCGUACAGCGUAGAAUUAGAGAACAGAGCGAUCUCUAUUCAGGUAACACAGCUCCCUGUCUCCUGGUGACUGCAGGUUGGUGUGAGGGCUGCCGCGUUCUUUCGUAACCUGCAUUUCCUGCAACAAAAGCUCCAUCUUUUCCCAGAACGUGUUUUUUUUUUUUUUCCUUCCCCUUCUUAUGGUUCAGAAAUUUGCCUCUCUUUUUAUGAUAAAACGGCAGAAAGGGAGGAGGAAAUGCGAGCUGAACAUAAAGCUGUCCUUACACAGGAACCAGAGGUGAUGGCUCUGGCACUCCUGAACUGCUGGGAGAGCCUGCAUUGCUGCUUCUCCCACAGUCAAUAACCACUGCAGCACAAAACCAACAACCAUUUCGUUCUUCCUAAUGGUUGAGUUCCUCAUUCAUCAUUCACUGUUUAAAAUAUUUCUGGCAGCAUGUUUAUACUUCAUAGAGGUAGUUGAGGUACCUACAGAGCUGUAAGUAUGGGUAAAUUCAACCCCUCUGUAAAAUAGAUGCAAGGAGAUAAUGGAGCGCGUGACUCAUUUGAACUGGGAGCCAGUGCUGGUAGUGACUGUAAGAUACUUAAAAUUUAGCCGUUGCAACUGUAAAUAAAGCAAACUUACGGGGCCUUUUAAUUUAGCUUCUUAAUUGAUUCCUGGAAGUGCAUUGCAUUAUGGAUACAUUAUGCAAAGCUUAAUGCAAGCGCAUAUAAAUACCUGAGGUGUAAUGAUCUUUACCAAGGACUGACGGAUUGGAAAGGUGCGCUAACGAGAAGCUUUUAUGUACUGACAUUAGAAUUUGUUCUGUGUUCACAGGUGUGCUUUAGAGAAUAAAGAAUGCUUUUUUUA